GAGGAACUAGUUGUGCCUCUCAGAAACUCUCAACACAGCCUUUAAGUUUCCAAACAUCUGCUAGAAGAGGAAUGCAGAUUUAAACUGAGUGAGGUGUAGAGUGGGGAAGUUCAGUGUUUGAACCAAAGAAAUUUUAGGAACUUGCCGAGAGCACUGCGCACAUCAGACCUACGGUGGACGUUGCAGGCCUGAAGAAAGCACCUUUUCUGCUGCCAUGACAACCAUGCAAGGAAUGGAACAGGCCAUGCCAGGGGCUGGCCCUGGUGUGCCCCAGCUGGGAAACGUGGCUGUCUUACAUUCAUAUUUGUGGAAAGGAUUGCAAGAGAAGUUUUUGAAGGGGGAACCCAAAGUCCUUGGGGUUGUGCAGAUUCUGAUUGCCCUGAUGACUCUUAGCAUAGGGAUAACAAUGAUGUGCAUUGCAUUUAACAUUUAUGGACCUCGCCCUAUUACUGUGUAUAUUGGGUACACAAUUUGGGGGUCACUGAUGUUUAUUAUUUCAGGAUCCUUGUCAGUUGCAGCAGGAAUUAGAACUACAAAAGGCCUGGUCCGAGGUAGUCUAGGAAUGAAUAUCACCAGCUCUGUAUUGGCCGUAUCAGGGAUCAUAAUCAACGCAUUUAGCUUGGAUAUUUAUUCAUUCCAUCACCCUUACUGUCACUACUACUACGAGUCAAAUGACUGUCACGGGACUGUGUCCAUUCUGAUGGGUAUGGAUGGCUUGGUGCUCCUCUUAAGUGUGCUGGAAUUCUGCAUUGCUGUGUCCCUCUCUGCCUUUGGAUGUAAAGUGAUGUGUUGCAGCCCCGGUGGGGUUGUGUUAGUGCUGCCACCAAAUUCUCACACGGCAGAAACAGCAUCUCCUGCUCCACUUAAUGAGCUUUGAUGCCGCCAAAAGAGCAACAGAAAAAUGCUCCCGAAAUCUGUGCUGACUGUAACACAAGAACCCCACAGGAGAAAGUACCAGAAUCCAACUCUGAUAAUGAUAGACAUAUUCAUAUGAUUAUUAUAUGUAAUCCAAUUAUAAACUGUGUGUGUAUAUAUAGAGAGAUAAUAAAUUCAAAAGUAUGUUCUCAGUUUUUUUCCCUGGAACUCAACAACUCAUUUCCCUGGCUCUUUAUCAGUGUACUAGAAGUUAAAUAAAUAAAUAACGCAUUUAAUGAGGCAA